AUGAGCUACGAGGCAGAACUCACUGUGUCUGCUCUCCCUGGCCCUGGCCCUCUCCUUGUGGCCUCCAUGCCGUGGUCGGCCACAGGAGAUGUCCUCUUCCAGAUGGCUGAAGUCCACAGGCAGAUCCAGAACCAGCUGGAAGAGAUGCUGAAGUCUUUUCACAACGAGCUGCUCACACAGUUGGAGCAGAAGGUGGAGCUGGACUCCAGGUACCUGAGUGCCGCACUGAAGAAAUACCAGACGGAACAGAGGAGCAAAGGAGAUGCGCUGGACAAAUGUCAGGCUGAGCUGAAGAAGCUCCGGAAGAAGAGCCAGGGCAGCAAGAACCCACAGAAGUACUCUGACAAGGAGCUGCAGUACAUCGAUGCUAUCAGCAACAAGCAGGGCGAGCUGGAGAACUAUGUGUCUGAUGGCUACAAGACAGCACUCACCGAGGAGCGCCGGAGAUUCUGCUUCCUGGUGGAGAAGCAGUGCGCUGUAGCCAAGAACUCAGCUGCUUACCACGCCAAGGGCAAGGAGCUGCUGGCCCAGAAACUGCCACUGUGGCAGCAAGCCUGUGCCGACCCCAACAAGAUCCCAGACCGUGCCGUCCAGCUGAUGCAGCAGAUAGCCAACAGCAACGGCUCCAUCCUCCCCAGCGCUCUGUCAGCCUCUAAGUCCAACCUGGUCAUCUCGGACCCCAUUCCCGGGGCCAAGCCCCUUCCAGUGCCCCCUGAGCUGGCACCAUUUGUGGGGCGGAUGUCUGCUCAGGAGAACGUGCCUGUCAUGAAUGGCAUCACAGGCCCGGACAGCGAAGACUACAACCCCUGGGCUGACCGAAAGGCUGCCCAGCCCAAAUCCCUGUCUCCCCCACAGUCUCAGAGCAAGCUGAGUGACUCGUACUCCAACACACUCCCUGUGCGCAAGAGUGUGACCCCGAAGAACAGCUAUGCCACCACCGAGAACAAGACCCUGCCACGCUCGAGCUCUAUGGCAGCCGGCCUGGAGCGCAAUGGCCGUAUGCGGGUCAAAGCCAUUUUUUCCCACGCGGCCGGGGACAACAGCACUCUGCUGAGCUUCAAGGAGGGCGACCUCAUCACCCUGCUGGUUCCCGAGGCCCGUGAUGGCUGGCACUAUGGCGAGAGUGAGAAGACCAAGAUGAGGGGUUGGUUUCCCUUCUCCUACACCCGGGUCUUGGACAGUGAUGGCAGUGACCGGUUACACAUGAGCCUGCAGCAGGGCAAGAGCAGCAGCACCGGCAACCUGCUGGACAAAGACGACCUGGCCAUUCCUCCGCCUGACUACAGCACAUCAUCCCGGGCCUUCCCCUCCCAGACAGCUGGCACCUUUAAGCAGAGGCCCUACAGUGUGGCUGUGCCUGCCUUUUCCCAGGGUCUGGAUGACUACGGGGCACGGUCUGUGAGCAGUGGCAGUAGCACGCUGGUGUCCACAGUGUGAGGACGCUGACCACAGGCAGCUGCUCUGAAGAGCCCUUCCCCCGCCUCCGUCGGUUUCCCUCCUCAGCUCUCGUUGGUUUGUUCUUGGGUUUUCUUUCCCACCCGCUCUCCCGCCUUUUGGUUGGUGACCCCAGACUCUGUGAUCCCCCAGGGUCCAUGGUGCUGCUCCCUGUGCCCCCGUGCUCACACCCCCACCCGUGUGUCCCCAGCCUUGUGCAGGAAUUGCCAGGCAGGGUCUGCCAGCCGGGUGGCGAGCAGCGUCCUCUCCCACUGCCGGCCCUGUGGUGUUCACUACGCACACCCCUU